UGGAUCUCAACAUCAUAUAGUCUCUGCUGGAAAGCCUGAAGUAUGCAGAAGGUGCUGGAAACGUAAAGAAUGUGCAGGAUCUGGAGGAUUUUUCUGAAGAACAAUGGAUAGUUGAACUGUGCAGGACACACAAGGGACUCAUGAACAACUAUCACAGAACGUAGAACACAGAAUGUAAACAUCUGAUAUGUGAAAAAACUAAAUGCAAUUUUUUCUUCUUCUUCUUCUUCUUCUUAAUUAUUAUUAUUAUUAGUCCAACCCAUUUAUACCCCGUUCCCUAAACAAGUCUGACACCCCGACUCUAAACUAACCAGCAACUAUACAAAAGAAGAUGGAGAAAAGAUGUGCAGCAGUGAGGUCAGUAGUUAAAAAACAGCACAAAAACAGCACAAAAGUGUCCCAUGACAGUAAAAAGUGUGUCGCCGCAGCAUGCAGGUGUGCAGAGAUGCUUGUCAUCUGUGCGCAGAAGUAAUGUAAAUGUUAAUGUGUCACUCGAAGGAAUGCACAUUUCACUUAGCCCUGAGUUUGGGGGUAGCUGUGAGCAUGUCCACCCCUCACCCGAGCAGCUAAAUGAAUUCAUCACGCCUCUGAACUGCCUCUACUGGGCUUACAUAUUAACGAGUCGUCAGUGUGCGACACAACAGGUGCGCAUUGGUGUCUUUCCAUCUUCAUCCCAAGCGCGCGCACACGCACAACACGCACACGCGCGCGCACUUCUGUUGCAGCAGGAUCCCUCAGAUCCCUCCUUCUCUCCUUGAAACAAAGCGCACAGCCCAGGACAGUUGUUGCGCAUCUGGAAGGCCAACGGCACAUCACAUCACGUGACCGCUCUGCCCGUCUUUUACUACCUGAAUCGGAGCGCUAGAAUGAAACUCUGAUUUCGUGCUACAGCGCGCGCGCUCUCUCCUCCUCCUCCUCCUCCUCCUCCUCCCCAAAGGUUUUCACGAGCUCCCGGGACUUCUGUCGCGCUUCCAGCUCGCGCCUUUCUCCUAACGUCCUGCCUGCGCAAUGAUGCAGAGCUCCAUCCUCUCCUGCCGAGAUGCGCGCUUCGACUGCGCCUACUCCGCCUCUACGUCGGCUCGCGCCACUGUUGACGUUUCCACGGCAACGCUCGUCUCCCUCUGGGACGCCGGUCGCUUGGACGACGCGGGUUGCCAGCGCGAGCUCCCACAGCUGGUUCCAGCGCACGGUGCUCUACGCGACUCCGUCUGGUCCGACCGGCUCUCCCCUCACCUCCAGCGGAACAAGCAGCUUCAGGACACCUUGAUGCAGAAAGAAGAAGAACUCGCCAGACUCCAGGAAGAGAAUAACAAACUCAAAGAGUUUCUAAACUCAUCGUAUGUGAAGUCUCUCGAAGACAAAUCGAAGAUGCUGUUCUCUGUCCAGAGAAGCGCAGACGUGCAGCACAGGAAAAGAGCUCUACACCACGAGAGAGACUUCCUCAAUGUGAGUCGGCUGCUGCAGGGCGGCGAGGAGAAGCGGACGUGCCGUAACCUCUCUCUGGAGUUCUGCUCCGCCGAAGAGGUGGCUGAUACGCCUCCGCUGGACUCCUGGGUUCUUGAAACACUUGGACUGCAGGAUGAGGACACCAUCAACACGGACAGCAGUUUCAGCAGCCCUGUGACAGAGCACAGAGCGCCUUCCUUCAGCUCUCCAGCGCCGAGCACCGACCACUUCAGCCCUGCGCUGCAGGACAGCACCAUGUACAGCCCUUACUCGGACAGCCACUGUGAAUAUAGCAGCGCAAUAGAGUCGUCAUGUGGCUUCAGCCACAGCAUGGACGACAGCGCAGAUUAUUUGGCUCUCGGUGCGUCACGGAUGUACACCGUCACGUCUACGGGCUCGCUCCAAGGUAUCGAAGUUCCUACCGGGCACUUCACCCCUCCUAAAGCGGCGUCGACUCCUCAGCGUUCGCACGUCCCGAGCUCAGAGCGGCUCCAUCACGGCCGCAGCUACGUGGACGAGGGUGCGCUGUUCUCGACGCCACACGCGACGCGCAGCAGAACGGACUUAGCGUUCAGCAUGUCGCUGAGUCCGCAGAACAGCGUCAAGACCCACACUUUCCCACAAGGACAGGCUUUCACACGCAGAGACUCACAAGGUGGAUGGAAUUUCACCUGGGUGCCUAAACAGUGUUCUUAAAACCAAUAUGUGAAGCGGAUAUUAUUAAUCUAUUUAAACAAAAUCAAAAUAAAAAACGGUUCUGGGGAUAAAAGACGUGGCAUGAGACAAAACGAAGCUAACCAUGAAAGCACUCUUACAAAUAAAUAAUAUGAAUCCAUUAUAUAUGACGUAUUCGAAGAAAUAUUGGUAUAAUUUGUUAAAUCUGGCUCUGAAUGAUUAACACGUGAUUAACACAGAAUCUUUCUAUUAGAUGCUUAGGGAAAAAAACAACAAUCAUCAAUAAACAAUA